GCGUUUGACGUAUUGUAGGUAAAAAUUAUUUCCUAUUUAGUGUAAAUGGGUAUUAAAAUGACUAAAAGGCAGCAUUCGAGCUUCCCGAAGCAGUAACGUCUUAUGUAAACAAUGCACGCGCCAUUCAGCCAAUAUGACGUUCCUUUGGAGUUUGAUUUGAUUUUUAUCUAGAUUUGAUUUUACUUUUCAAUUUGAUUUAGCUUUUAAGAUUACUGGUCGUCUGAUCUGAUUGAAUUUCGCGGGGAAAAUCAAACCAAACACUCGGCAAACAAAAGAACUCCGAAUGCACGGGCCGCUUACACCAAGGUAAAGAAAUGCGUUGGACCGUCCUCGAUCUAUCGUUCCAAAGAACCGUGACAGUCCGGACAUAAUGCCCCACAUAGCGCACUGCAUGGCAAUGCCCGUUUUCAUUGCAGAAAAGUAGUCCUACUACUCCUACGUUAAACCUCACUGAAAUUUCUUUGCUGUGGCGUCCAUUGUCGUUAUAGCCUAUAGAAUGCAUCAUUUUGCCGCCGUGUUAUGCCAUAGGCCGCCUACAUGUAUUUGAACAAUUCAACAUAUUACUUAUUUGCAUUGUACUAUAAUUGUCCACACAUGUAUUUUUAGACAUAUUUAAGUUAUGUAUCACGAAAUGUUUUUGCAUUUUUAUAAUAAAGUUUUUGUGUCACAAACUCAAAUAGGCCUAUAAAGGCGCUAAAUUAUGUGACGUUUAUUUUCAAUUUCCCUACGUCAUCAUGCGAUGACGUUGUCCUUGGUAUGACGCAAGUGUCAGAGACGUGGUGUCCAUUCCUAGAUGAACGCUCUGAAAAGAGAAUGUACCGGGGUAUUUAAUUAAGUUAACUUUAUCGAACAGUGUAUCUAGCAUGAUUUCACAGUAAUGUCUAUGACGAACUCAUCCCACCAUUUAACCGUUUCACCUCCACGGAUGAGAUGUGAUUCGAUGAUGUACCGAUUUCCAGCUAGAUUAUGGAGAAUUGUUAAUUCCUGUAGAACUAAAGCUAUCAACUGGGGGCCAAGUGGGAAGACAAUCAGAAUAAUCCGAACCUGUUUUCAAGAAGAGUAUCUUAAACCUGCAACCAAGCCUUUUAAAACCCAACAUUUCUCAAGUUUUAUUCGACAACUAAAUCUGUAUGGAUUUAAGAAAGUUACAGCACCAAUGUGUAUGACUGGCGAAUCAACUGAUGACUAUGACGAUCUCUAUGAAUACAGACACCCCUUGUUCAGACAAAACAAAUCCGAAUUGUUAACCUACCUUCACCGUAACUGCAAGUCAAAGUGCGACCCCCGCCUGAUAAGACAAAAAAUAGAAACCAUUAAUAGCCCGACAAAACUCCGGAUUAGAAUGCCUAAAAGAGUUUCUAUGAAUAAAAGGAUAUUAUCACCAGUGUCGGUUAAUACUUUAAACAGAGAUGCUACUACUGCAGAUCAAGAAGAUAAGAAUAAAUCUUGUAAUUAUGUCGUAUGUAUGAGAGUUGUCAGGAGCAGUGCUGAGAAUGUACCGAAAACACAAGAACAGUUGAAAAGUCACAGCUCUGGUAGUGAUGUAGCUGACAACUCGUUGAUUUCAAGGCACAUUCAAAACCAUCCACUUCUACAACCAGUGACAAAAGCUGGGCCAACGCUUCAGGUUAAUCCUAGAUUAUAUCAACCAUUAGCCCCAGGACCAACAACUAAGACGUUCACCUAUGGUUCAACCAUAUUUGUUCCUGUUGCAAGUCCCCAAGCCCCGCCAAUAGUUACAAAAGUAAAUUAUACAUGCACUAAUAACGUACCACCGCAUCAAUAUCCUGUAAACAACGGCAAUAUCAUAGAGCCAUGUUCGAUGAUUAUGGAUGGUACCCCCAAGACAUCUUCGGUCAUUUUAAUUGAUGAUAAAUAUGAUGAUACUCCAUCUGAACACCAAGAUACAAAGCGUUAUAUUGAGUCAAAUACAGCGAAGCCAUAUGAAAAUUGGGUUGAAUCUGACAUUGCACAUAGUAUUAUUGGAUCGAACGCAAACCUUUCUGGUACUAACAACAGUGAUCUAGCAGAAAGGGGUGUCGUGAUGCUAAAUCUAAGUGCACAAGAUCAAAACCAGAAUACAAACAGCUCCAUAGAUAACUUUAAUACCUCUUUAAAUUUGGAUUCAUUCUUAGUAGAACAUGUUAGAAGCCAGUCUGAGAAAGUUAUAAUGGAUGAUUUUUGUGAGAUGGAUACUAAUAGUCCCCCGGUGGAUCCCGACGACGAUUCGCAAGAUAAAGGCGAUAUUUGUUUACUGAAUCAAUACAUUGAAAAGCACACCAACUAUGAAGGUGAUGUGAAUAUGGUUAAGGCAACAGAACCUUUAAAUGAUACAUUAAGGGCGAAAGACUCGACAGAGACAAAAGAGUUAGUUGAAAACGAUGUUGACCCGAAAGAUGUUAAUAAUGUAGAAUCUACGGAACGGUAUAUAAGUAUAGAUAUAAGUAACCUUCUGUCUGGUAAUGAUGCAUCUGAUAAACCGUGUCAUUUGCUGCAGUUAGACUCCGAUAUGUUAAAAUUGUUAAGACAAACAGACAAAGCGCCCUUGGAUACAGUAUCUGUAAGUGCAGUUGAUGAUUGUAACAAUGGUAUUUUAGGCUAUGUUAUUUUACCUCCCACGUGAUUUUUACACACUGGUCCAUGAACGCUUGUUGUACAUUCGUAAUUGGAAAAUUGUAAUAUAAUGGCUAACACAUGACAUAUAUUGGAUUUUUACUUUAAUUUCAACUUUUCACCAUGAAAAGUUUCAAUCUUUUGCUUAGUGUAUUAUCCGAUAAAAAUAACGCGAUUCACAACCAAACUGAACUAAUAUCUCUUAUUGACUGACGAGUCUCGCAGUCUGUGGUUACAGAAUGAUCUUGCCAGAGCAGUCAUGGUGACAAUUUGAAGGCGACAUUUCUAUUUGUGUCAACGAGUUCAAAAAUUUGUUCAGUGGUAUUACUGGAG